AUGACGUUUUCUGCCCUUGUGGUGAAAAGUUUUGGCAUAAGAACGGCGUGGACAAAAGAACUCACUAAAGAAGAAGAAUACAGACUAAGCAAGGUUCAAGACAAAAAAGAACGAUACAGUGGAGUAAGUAUAUGCUAUUUAGUAUGAUAUUGACUGAACUUUGUUUGUACUGUAAUAUCCGAUAACUAUAACCUACAAUAACCUCAAAUUUCAGGUCCCCAACAUCCCAUCCGACAUUGGGUUUCAAGCCUCGAAACAAACCAGUGGCAAAGUUCAGCAAGGUGGAAUGCUAUCCCACUUUGUCUCCAACCCCUUCGUCAUUGUUGGUGUGGCACUGACGGCAGCCGCGUUGAUGGGAAUGAUAAAGCGAUCGGUGGCUGGAGACCGUGCCGGGACACAAAAGUACAUGCAAUACCGUAUUAUGGCGCAGUUUUUUACCGUAACCGCCAUGGUGGGCGGAGUGGCCUACUUUGGAGCGACGUAUGAGCAAACUAGCAAAAGGGAUUAG